AUGAAUCUUUUCAACCUGGACCGUUUUCGCUUUGAGAAAAGAAGUAAGAUUGAGGAAGCGCCCGAAGCAACCCCUCAACCCUCCCAGCCUGGCCCUUCUUCACCAAUUUCUCUUAGUGCUGAAGAGGAGAAUGCUGAAGGGGAAGUUAGCAGGGCAGGCACCCCUGAUUCAGAUGUAACUGAAAAAACAGAAGAUUCUAGUGUUCCAGAAACUCCGGAAAAUGACAGAAAAGCAAGUAUAUCAUAUUUCAAGAAUCAAAGAGGGAUUCAGUACAUUGAUUUGUCUUCUGAUAGUGAAGAUGUUGUUUCCCCAAAUUGCUCCACUACAGUUCAAGAGAAAAAAUUCAACAAAGACACGGUGAUUAUAGUUUCUGAGCCAUCUGAAGAUGAGGAGUCCCAAGGCCUUCCUACCAUGGCCACUAGAAAUAAUAAUGAUAUUUCAGAAUUGGAAGACCUUUCAGAAUUGGAAGACCUUAAAGAUGCUAAACUUCAGACCUUGAAGGAACUUUUUCCACAAAGAAGUGACAAUGAUUUACUUAAGUUGAUUGACUCAACAAGCACUAUGGACGGAGCAAUCGCUGCUGCCUUGCUGAUGUUCGGUGAUGCAGGUGGUGGACCCAGGAAAAGAAAAUUAUCUUCUUCUUCAGAGCCAUUCGAGGAAGAUGAAUUUAAUGAUGAUCAAUCUAUGAAAAAGAAGAGACUGGAUCAUGGAGAAGAGUCAAAUGAAUCUGCAGAAUCUAGCAGUAACUGGGAAAAGCAGGAAAGUAUUGUGUUGAAAUUGCAAAAAGAAUUUCCCAAUUUUGAUAAAGAGGAAUUAAGGGAAGUACUCAAGGAACAUGAAUGGAUGUACACAGAGGCUUUAGAAUCUUUAAAAGUAUUUGCAGAAGACCAAGAUAUGCAAUAUGCUUCACCGAGUGAGUUUCCAAAUGGAAAAGAGGUUUCUUCAAGAAAUCAAAAUUAUCCUAAAAAUGCAGCUAAAACAAAACUGAAACAGAAAUGCUCCAUGAAACCACAAAAUGGUUAUAACAAGAAACGUAAAAAAAAUGUAUUUAAUCCUAAAAGAGUUAUUGAAGACUCUGAAUAUGAUUCAGGCUCUGAUGUCGGUAGUUCACUAGACGAGGACUAUAGUAGUGGUGAAGAAGUGAUGGAGGAUGGCUAUAAAGGUAAAAUCCUUCACUUCCUUCAAGAUGCUUCAAUUGGUGAACUUACUUUGAUUCCUCAGUGUUCUCAGAAAAAGGCUCAGAAGAUAACAGAACUCCGGCCCUUUAAUAGUUGGGAAGCUCUGUUCACGAAGAUGUCCAAAACGAAUGGCUUAUCAGAAGAUUUGAUAUGGCACUGUAAAACACUGAUUCAAGAAAGGGAUGUAGUUAUAAGGCUUAUGAACAAAUGUGAAGACAUUUCAAAUAAACUGACAAAACAAGUUACCAUGCUCACUGGAAACGGAGGUGGAUGGAACACAGAGCAGCCCUCCAUUCUGAACCAAAGUUUGUCACUCAAGCCCUAUCAGAAGGUUGGUUUGAAUUGGCUGGCAUUGGUACAUAAACAUGGACUUAAUGGCAUUUUGGCAGACGAAAUGGGUCUGGGAAAAACUAUUCAAGCCAUUGCAUUUCUGGCGUACCUCUAUCAGGAGGGUAAUAAAGGUCCUCAUUUGAUCGUUGUUCCAGCAUCAACUAUAGAUAACUGGUUAAGAGAAGUUAAUUUAUGGUGCCCCACUUUAAAGGUGCUCUGUUACUAUGGUUCUCAAGAAGAACGUAAACAGAUUAGAUACAACAUUCAUAGCAGAUAUGAAGAAUACAAUGUAAUUGUGACCACGUAUAACUGUGCCAUCAGCAGUUCUGAUGAUCGUAGUCUAUUUCGUCGGCUGAAACUGAAUUAUGCAAUUUUUGAUGAGGGCCAUAUGCUGAAGAAUAUGGGCUCCAUCCGCUACCAGCACCUUAUGACAAUUAAUGCAAAUAACCGUCUGCUGCUCACAGGCACACCUGUGCAGAAUAACCUGUUAGAACUCAUGUCGCUGUUGAAUUUUGUUAUGCCACACAUGUUCAGUAGUAGCACCAGUGAAAUACGAAGAAUGUUUUCUUCUAAGACAAAAUCAGCAGAUGAGCAAAGUAUAUAUGAAAAGGAGAGAAUAGCACAUGCAAAACAAAUUAUAAAACCAUUUAUUCUCAGAAGAGUAAAAGAAGAGGUUCUCAAGCAGCUGCCCCCCAAAAAAGAUCGAAUUGAGUUAUGUGCAAUGUCAGAGAAGCAGGAACAACUCUAUAUGAGUCUCUUCAACAGAUUGAAAAAGUCUAUCAAUAACAUGGAAAAAAAUACAGAAAUGUGCAAUGUCAUGAUGCAAUUGAGAAAAAUGGCCAAUCAUCCUUUAUUACAUCGCCAAUAUUACACAGCUGAAAAACUCAAGGAAAUGUCUCAGCUUAUGCUAAAGGAACCUACACAUUGUGAGGCUAACCCUGACCUGAUCUUUGAAGAUAUGGAAGUCAUGACAGACUUCGAAUUACAUGUACUUUGUAAACAGUAUCGACAUAUUAAUAACUUCCAGUUAGACAUGGACUUGAUUUUAGAUUCUGGAAAAUUUCGAGUUUUAGGAUGCAUCUUGUCUGAAUUGAAGCAGAAGGGUGAUAGAGUUGUAUUAUUUAGCCAAUUUACCAUGAUGCUGGAUAUUUUGGAGGUUCUCUUAAAACAUCAUCAGCAUAGGUACCUCAGAUUAGAUGGGAAGACUCAGAUUUCUGAAAGGAUUCAUCUAAUUGAUGAAUUUAAUACCGAUAUGGAUAUCUUUGUGUUUCUGCUGUCAACAAAAGCUGGUGGCUUGGGAAUUAACCUGACUUCAGCAAAUGUCGUUAUACUUCAUGACAUUGACUGUAACCCUUACAAUGACAAACAGGCAGAAGAUAGAUGCCAUCGAGUAGGCCAGACAAAAGAAGUACUAGUUAUAAAAUUAAUAGGCCAAGGGACAAUUGAAGAAUCCAUGCUAAAAAUUAACCAACAGAAAUUGAAACUAGAACAAGAUAUGACCACAGUAGAUGAAGGUGACGAAGGAAGUAUGCCAGCAGAUAUAGCCACAUUACUAAAAACAUCAAUGGGCCUGUGA